GAAGGAAUCUGCAAAGAAGAGGUCAGAGCAUCAGGGAGGUAGGCCAGAGCCGGUCCCGCCCCAGAACACCGGGGGACUCCGCCGCAGUCCCGGGAGGAUGUCCUCGGGCACUGACCCGACGGCUUGAGGAACUCCUGCGCCGAGCCCAGGAUGACAUUGCAGUCGCGGUCGGUGCAGAGGAAGCAGCCGACCAGGGUCCGACCGUCUGUCAUGCGAAUGCGCAUAGUCUUGUUGAGCAGCGCCUCUAGCUGCUGCCGGGCCCGCGCGGCCGGCGAGUCCUCGCGCUCCCCGUCUGAGUCCUGCGCGGGGCGGGACACGCGCUGAGACGGCGCAGCCCCGGCGGCCGCCCUCCCGCGGAACCACAGCUCCCGACAGCCCGCGGGGCGCUCACACGGAGCCCGGGGGCUGCCGGGAGCUGCAGUUCCCCCUCCGUCCCCCCCAUCUUGCUCCCCGGCUGGCCCUCGAUCCCAGAACCCGAGCCCGCGCUAACCCCGGCGCUGGAGCUGCUUUGACGCCGGCUGCAACAGCCAUUCUCUUCUCGUAGCAGCAUGGCUGGUCCAGCUCCGGCCAUUUGCCCCGGGGCCGGCUCCGGGCCCUUCAACUUCCUAAGAACCUUUUGGGUCCGGUGGUCCGAGAUCUCGCGAGUGCUCCCGACCUCUUUUCUUUCGCGAGAUCACCUCCCCUCCUCCUCCUGUCUCCUGGGCAACUGCAGAGAUCUCGCGAGUUUCUCCCACUGUUCCGGCACUGUGGCUCACUGCGGCCUACGGCGCCGGAUGCCUUAAGAUAUCGCGAGAAGUUUUCCCUCUUUAGGUUCAUACAAAUCCUUCAGAAAUCCUGGCAUGUAGCGAGACGAUCUUUUCUCGUCAUCGCUUUGCACCCCAUCGUCCCUUGCUUUUCUGCCUCGCGACACAGUCUGUCCUAAAUAUCCCCUCCAGCCCAGACCACUCUGAACACGGAGCUUUCGCUUCCCCCCGCCCCCAAACCUCUGCAGGACGCAACUCAGUUUCUUGAAAGCUAGAUUCAGACUACGUUUCCCGUGAGCACGGACGGCCCCUCGUCCCGAGUGUUUGAUCUCCGUGGACGGUGGCCGGGAAGGGACAAUGGUUUCCAUGUCAGCGGAGCAACGCGCUCGCUAGGAGGAAAGAUGCCGCGCAGGGAGUGAAUGAGUGAGUGAGUGAGGGCGUGCUGAGGGGCGACGAAGCAACCAGAGAAGCUGAUGGCCGACAGUGCAGGAGCCAUGCAGCGCCGGGGCCUCGUGGACGGGCCGGACUUUGAGUUUUUCCAGCGUCGCUAUUUUACGCCGGCCGAGGUGGCCGAACACAACCUGCCGGAAGACCUGUGGGUGUCUUACCUGGGAUCCGUGUACGACCUGACGCCGUUGGCUCAGGAGCACAAGGGGGACCUGCUGCUAAAACCCAUCAUAGAAGUUGCGGGCCAGGACAUCAGUCACUGGUUUGACCCGAAGACCAGAGACAUCCGCAAGCACGUAGAUCCGCUGACCGGAACGCUGAGAUACCGCACCCCCCGGGGCCGCUUUCUGCACGUCCCGCCUCAGCUGCCCCGUUCCGACUGGGCCAACGAUUUCGGGAAGCCCUGGUGGCAGGGGACGCGCUACGAGGUGGGGCGGCUGUCGGCCAAGACCCGGAGCAUCCGCAUCAUUAACACGCUCACGUCGCAGGAGCACACGCUGGAGACAGAGAGAGAGAAGCAGAGACACAGGAGGAGGGAGAAGCAGGCUCCAUGCCAGGAGCCCGACAUGGGACUCGAUCCCGGAACUCCAGGAUCGCGCCCUAGGCCAAAGGCAGGUGCUAAACCGCUGAGGCACCCAGGGAUCCCCGACGGUGUAUUUUCUACUGACGCCCACAACUAAAGCAGGGUCAGGAUGGAUACUGGUGGGGACCAGCGAUGUCUUCCGUGAAUCAUGAGCAAUGCUGUUUGUCCACCUGUGAGCCACAAAAAGUUACUAGGUGCUGUGUCCUGUUGCAGAUACUGGGGAUGCGUAAGUGAGGGUCAUGUGUGGGUUCCCGACUCCCAGGGACAUAGCAUUCUGGUGGGAUAAACAGUAAAUGCACAGGCAGGGUUACUGCACAUAGUACUAAGAGCGAUACACUGUAUAUGCAUGUGCUCACACAUACACCACAUGCUCACAUCUGCUACAAGUACUAUAAAAACAAAGCAGCAGAGCCGCCUGAAAGAGUGAUGGUCAAAUGAUCCGAGGCCUGCCUGGGCCAAUGACACAGGCCAGGCCCCUGUGACCUGGAGAGCUGCAUUCACCGGCCCCAAUCAAUCAUUCACCUGCCAUCACAACAGGCUUAAGAGCUGUUUUUAUUGACACUGCAAAGCAAGGACGUGGAAGCAGAGAGAGAUGAAGUAACUCGCCAAAGGUCACAGGACUACCUAGUUAGUAGCCAAGAUGGGCUUCGAACCAAGCCGGUUGCGGGCCACCCACUUAACCACGGAGUGGCGCCACCUCCCUGCGUGCCACACACGGGUGCCGCCCCAGUGGCCUGCUUAUUUAUCUCAGCCAGCCCAGGACUCCGGAGGAGACUUCAAACAACCACUACCCUUCAUUCUGCGGGUGGAUGUGAUGCGGGCAGGGCGCAGGGGGCACUGUGUGUUUCCACCCCCAGAGCCGCAGGAUCUGCUUGCAAGGCGGCUCACCUGCACAGCAGCGAGGUGCUGGGGACGGUGGGGACCCCUUGACCUGCACCCCUCUGCAGGGCAGUGUGGGAUCCCUCCCAGCCUGGUGGCUGGAGUCCUCUGUAAUUACCAGGGAGCUUCCUACCCAAAGGGAGGGAACCAUGUUGGGCUGCUCAGAGGGAAAAGGGUCAAAGUUACGUUGUAGCAAACACAUGCUGCUGUGAGAUGUGAUUCCUGAGACACCCUCAACCCCCAGGAUCCCUUCUGUCUCAUGGCUUCCUCUGCAUGGAACAUUCCACCCCCCACUCAUUGCUUGGCCAGCUCUUCCCCUUGAAAGCUGUGCUCCAGUGUCACCUCCUCAGGGAAGCCUUCCCGGAUCCCUUUGCUGAGGUCAAAUAUUCCUUCACCCCCUCUCAGGCUCCCCUGCAAUGAAUUUAUUGACUAUAAUUCACAGUUUAAUGUCUGCCUUCCUUGCUUCUUAGAUUCGAAGCUCUAGGAGGGCAGACAGCAUGUCUCUGUGUCUCUGAUCAGUCACAAAUACCCAAGACUAAGUACAAGGUGCCUGAGGAACACGUGACUCCCAGCUGGGUGAUCAGGGAAGGCCUCAGGGAGAAGCAUCACCUUCAGCUGAGACCCAGAGGGCCAGGACAGGGAUCAGAGGUGGGGCCGGGGGAGGGUAACCGGAGCCUGGUGGGCCAAUGGCCUCCUGCAAAGAAUAAACAGCACAAACAGUGCAGAGUUUAGGGGUAAGAGCAGAGAGCUCAGAGCUUGGAGAGAAGGCAAAGCUAAGAAACAGAGGCUAGGGGCUGGGGAGGGGAGGUGAGGAGGGGUGUGGAGGUCAGACCAGGUGGAGUGAGACUUUCUCAACCUGGCUUUUGUCUGUUGAGAUAUAAUUCAUACACUGUAACAUUCACCCUUUCAAAGCAUACAAUUCAGGGUUAAUGGUUUUAUAGGGAGAAGGGUGCGAUGGUGCAAUCGGAUUUGCAUUUUAAGAAGGUGACUUGCCUCAGAGAUGAGAGAGGGAGGGAGGAAGUGGAGCCAUCCUGGAGAGGACUGGAGUGGCCAGGCUGGGACUAAGUCAGGGGCAGUGGAGGGCAGAGGAGGGCAGACGUAAGGACAGAAUCGCACAGCUACAUGAUUCCUGGGAGCAGGAGCUGGGGCAGCAGGAGGAGACAAAGGGACACCCCACAGGGCAAGAGGGUGAAGAGUUCACUGGCAGAGCAGGGGACCUGAUCUGGGAAGCAGGUGAUGUGCUGUGAAUUGGCUGGGAAGUGACCUGGGCCACACUAACACUGAACACCAAUGUCCCGCUCUUAUGGCUCCAUGGGACAGGAUCCUGAAGAGAGAAGAGGGCUCAGGGCUGGAGGUAGGGGUGUGAGAGCACAGCUGAGCAGCUGUCGCCAGGUGCUAGGCUUGGGGAAGAGCCCCUGGAGGAGGGAGAGAAGCCAGGGUGGUGAGACCAUGGUGCGCCAUGGACGCCAAAGAGAGAGUCUGAGAGGAGGGGGUGCUACACGGUGUGCAGCAGGUGUGCAGAGUUCCAUCAAGACCCAGACGAGGAAACCACACCUGCAGGAGGCUUUGGAACCACUCACAGAAUACUUCGCUUUCCUCAGAUUCCCUUUCUAUAGAUGUAAACAUCUACAGACCUAUGAACACCUAUGAACAAUAGGAGGUAGUUUCCGCAAAAGGCAUCAAGCAGGACACGAUCUCUCUACGUAGAAGCUCCCUACGGUGUUGUUGAGAAAUUAAAUGAGAUGGAGUAUGGAAGAACCGCCAGCAGUACGAAGGGCGCUUUGAACGGGCACCCUAAAAUUUCAGUUUUCUUUUCCCUUCCUCGGGCCAGCCACAAUUUAGUAAUUCAUGCUUCUUGUGGGAUUGCCUGAGAUUCAGUGUUAUUCAACAUCCAGGUAACACUUGUCAUGAUUAGAAAACCAGUAGAUCGGGGCGCCUAGGGGGGGCUCAGUGGUUGAGGGUCUGCCUUCAGCUCAGGUCCUGAUCCCAGGGUCCUGGAUCGAGUCUCGCAUCAGGCUCCCCGCGGGGAGCCUGCUUCUCCCUCUGUGUCUCUGCCUCUCUCUGGGUCUCCCACAAAUAAAUAAAAUCUUAAAACAAAAACAAUCAGUGGGCAUACCUGUGACUAACAAUUGUGUUUGUGCCUCCAUUAGAAUGGGGUCCAAAAACCUGGUUUGUUUCCUAUUUUCCAGGGUUGGGCUUAUAGAGAGGAAGCUGGCGAGAGUCUGGAAACAGGGCCAACUAUUGGGAGCAAGAGAAGCUGCAAGCAGUCCCCACCUCCUUCAGAGUUACAUGCUGUCCGAACCUCAGGUCGCUGAAUCCUCUCACCUUCAAUCCCCUUAAGUGAAUCUCUCUGCAGUGAGAAAUGGCCAAUGGUGAAUGUGAUUGGUUACGGUCGGAGUGGCCAGCAUGGAGGUUAGCUCCCUAAUCCUCUCCCUGAGACAUAGGCCUGUUUCACGGGUGGGAAGGCUGAGACCAGAGGGAGAAGCCGCUCAUCCAAUGUCACUUUGUAGGUGGAAGAGCUUGGAUUGCAGGUGCUCCCUGACCCCGAAGCUCAAACUCCAACGCAAGGACUGGGUAAACUUCAUUACUUGGCUCUGGACUACAUGCUAGGAGUUACACGGUUUUGGAAGAUGGGAUCUUUUUUAAAAAAAAGUUGAUUUUAAUUUACUGAUUAUAUCUAAUUUAGUCUAAAAUUAAAAUGACUUCUGGUGUGCCCAGGUAGCUCAGUGGGUUAAGUGUCCAACUCUUGAUUUCAGCUCAGGUCAUGAUCUCAGGGGUUGUGGGAUCGAGUUCUGCAUCAGGAUCCACGCUCAGCAGGAGUCAGCUUAAGGAUCCUCUCUCCCCCUCUGCCCCUCCCCCUGUAUGCUCUCUCUCUCUCUCUCUCAAAUAAAUAA